CGCGGCGUUUUCCCGCCGUCUCUUCCUUGUCUGGCGCUUCCUCGGUUGCUGGGGUAACCGGCGUGUUUCCGUAACGCGUCAGUUUGCGAAACGGAUUCUCAACAUGGCGGGCUUGUAGCUGAGAGGAACGGCUGCUAACGUCUCCCCAGUGAAAGAGGCCGGAGUACUGAGCACCCUGCCAGGGCGGCGCUAGGUUUGUAGUUCUUCUGAGCACAUAAAAAGAAUAUUAUGGCUACUGGAGGAGGUCCACCUGAAGAAGCCAUUACUGAACACGAUCUGCCCAACUGGAGUCACGAAUCUCUUGAAGACAGACUGAACAAUAUGGAGUGGAGUGGACAAAAGAAGGCAAACAGAUCCUCAGAAAAAAACAAGAAAAAGUUUGGCAUGGACUGUGAGUCUCGGCUUACAAACGAUAUCUCUCCCGGGUCCUCUCCUGGAGUUGGUCGUAGGAGGACAAGAACACCGCAUACUUACCCGCAUACCAGAUAUGUGUCACAAAUGUCUGUCCCAGAACAGGCAGAACUGGAGAGGCUGAAGCAGAAAAUAAAUUUUGGAGACUUGGAUCAGAGGAGCAUUGGCAGUGAUUCCCAGGGUAGAGCGACCGCAGCAAACAACAAGCGGCAGCUUUCUGAGAACAGAAAGCCGUUCAACUUUCUACCGCUACAGCUGAACACUAACAAAGAUAAAGCUGCUUCAUCAAGCCCCCCAAAGCGGGAAGGCAGUGUCUCCUCAUUACCCAAGAGCUUUCUGGCUUCUCCUCUCUCCCAAGAACUCCUGCAGAAUUAUCAGGCUGCUUUGGAAGAAGAUGGUCGUGGAGAACCAGAUAUUGACAGCAGUCAGGUUGUCAGUAGACUUGUACAGAUUCGCAUCCAUAUCGCCAAGACCAGCUCCCUGAGAGAUGACCUUAUCGAGAAAAGCGAAAGGUCUGUGAAUGUCGAGCGCUUAUCAAACUUAAUUCAACGUUUAAAAGACCAGGAAAACUGUUACAUAAAAUUUCUUCAAAAAAUGCUUGCUAGCGAAAAUGAGGAGGAUGCCCGAAGUCUAGAUUCAGCAGUGGGAUCAGGGGCUGUGGCUGAGAGCACAUUACUGAACACUGAUGUGCGGUCUGAGGCUUCAGAUGCCACGGCAAUGGAUCCACAACAAGAGGCCAAAGAAGAACUAAAAGAUAUGAAAAAACAGCAUGCACUACUGACAAGGAUGUUACAGCAGCAAGAACAGCUCAGGGCAUUGAAGGGGAGGCAGGCCGCUCUCCUGGCUUUACAGCACAAGGCUGAACAGGCAAUUGCUGUAAUGGAUGAAUCUGUUGUCACAGAAACAACAGGAAGUGUGUCUGGUCUGAGUUUAACAUCUGAACUAAACGAAGAACUAAAUGACCUCAUUCAGCGCUUCCACAACCAGCUCGACGAUGCUCAGACUCCACCAGUUCCAGAUAACAGACGUCAAGCAGAAAGUUUGUCACUUACAAGAGCAAUUUCUCAAAGUUUAAACUCCUCCAUAUCAGAAGCUGCUUCUGAAGAGAGGGGUCCACUUUUCAGUAAAGUAGGAGUGUUGCUGGAAAAGAAACAAAAAAUGGACUCUAUACUGGGAGAACUCCAUACACUACAGGAUCAGCAUCUGAAUAACACUACUGUUGUUGGUUCAUCAGGCUCUCCUCAAAGGGUUAUGGAUCAAAGAAGUAUCGGAUCCACUUCCUCUGCUAAUCAGGUUCCUGACAAAAGGGCAUCAAACAGUCCAGCCAGAGCAGCCGCAUGUUCUUCAGCUUCCAUGAAUGGUAGUGAAGAUGAGGAAAACCAAAACCCUGCGGAGAAGCUUAAGAAGUUGAAAGAAGUUCGUAAGCGGCUUAAUGAACUGCGGGAUUUGGUUCGGUAUUAUGAGCAAACGUCUGAUAUGAUUACUGAUGCUGUAAACGAGAACAUUAAAGAUGAGGAAGAAGAAACUGAGGAUUCAUGGAUUGAAUCUGAUCCGGAAGUGAAUCAGCCAGUUACUAACAUCAGAAACCCGCAACGUAUGAGUAGCUGGGGACCAGUGAAUAGCAUCACUAAUUCCCAGUGUGGUGUAAAUAACAGAGAUGAAAGGCCAUGUAAUACAGACUGCGAAAUAAAUAACAGGUCCACAGCGAAUUUAAGAAGCUUUAAUGUAUCGUCUGCAUUAGAAUGCCUUUAUAAUAGAGAUACCAAGGAUAAAAGAGAGGAUAGAAUUGAAGGGCUGGAUGAUGAUGACGACGUAGAUGAAGAUCCUGGGAGUGCGGUUUCUCUCACUAGCCGGAGUAGUGUCACAGAAGAUGACCAAAAUGAUGAUGAUGAUGACGAUUUUGAAGAAAAAUUUAACAGACUUAUAGCAGCCAAGCAGAAAUUGAGACAACUACAAGAUCUUGUUGCAAUGUAUGGUGAUGAUACAGAGUCAGAAACUGCUGCUGAGAGGCCAACUGCUGGAGCCCAUCUUGUACCUGAGGAGGCAAAUGCAAAUCAGCAGCCCAACAAUACCCGUCCCAAUGCUUCAAAAGCACAAAAAGAAGUUGCUCUUAAGGAACAAGCAAGAGAGAAAUUCUACGAAACUAAGCUACAACAGCAGCAGCAAGAACUGAAGCACUUGCAAGAAGAAAGGAAGAAACUUGUUGAAAUUCAGGAAAAAAUUCAAACUUUGCGGAAAGCGUGUCCUGACCUUCAGUUAUCGACCUCCACUACAGAAACAUCAAGGCAAAUCCCUACAGCUGCCUCCACUCCAGAGGUUAAUGAGAUGAGUUCUGCGUUCAUUCCGGGCAUGCCAGACCUUGAAGAUUCAUCUGCUGAUAAUGAAGUUUGGUCAGAGAUACGCAGGCACCAAAUUUUAAGAGAAGAUUUGCGGCAAAGAAGGAAACAGCUUGAGUCAUUGAUGGCUGAACAUCAGAGAAGACAAGGAAUCACAGACACUACUUCUGCCGGCUCUUUAAGAAGUGAUGACUCUGAAGCUCAGAGUCUUCAGCACCAAAGCAGAACUGAAAAAACAAUGGCGACUUGGGGUGGAUCUACACAGUGUGCUCUUGAUGAUGAUGAUGAUGAUGACGAUGUGGAAGAUGAAGAUGAAGCCUGCAUAUCAGAUGUAAAUCGGGAAGAAGAAGAGGAGGAGGAGGAAGAAGAUGAGAAAGAAAACACAUUCCGAGAAAAUGCCCCAUAUCCUCCAAGCAGCAUAAAUCAGAGUGCUUUUAGUGGGAAGACCUAUAAACAAGGGUUGAAAAACCAACGUUCAUAUUCUGUUGAUGGCAAUUACCGUCCCUCUCCAAAGACAAGGCAACAGCAGAAUAUUAGCAUGAGGAGACAAGAAAAUGUCCAGUGGGUAUCUGAACUUUCCCGGGUGGAAGAAAAAGAGCAUUGGCAGGAGCAGAUAAACCAGCUGAAGAAACAGAUCGAGUUCAGCACAAAUAUAUGUCAGACUUUGAUGAGAGACCAGCAGUCACUUUCUUACCUCUUGCAAAGUAUGUUCACAAAUCCAUACAGUCUGAUGCCAAGUAGCGUGGGAACUCCUCAAGUCCACCUUAUAAUGCACCAGCUGAAUCAGUGUUAUACUCAGCUUAAUUGGCAGCAAAACAAUGUUCUCAGGCUGAAGCAGAUGCUGAAUGAUGUGUGUCAGCAGCAGGAACACUUCCAGCAAUGCAGCCAACAAAGACCAGAGAGGAGCAGCAGUGUACCACCUCCUUCCUCCCCAAAUCUAUUUAAUAAUUUCAGUUUCCUCCCUCCCCCCAUGAAUGUGUUUAACAUGCCUCCAUUUGGAAAUUUUCCCAACAUGAUGCCAGGUGUGAAUGUCAAUCCAGUCUUUCCACCUGGGAUUGGAGACUUCACUAAUAAUCCUGCCUCUCAGCCUGAUGUACCACUUCAGCCUCAUGAUCCAAACACUUCAGGAAAAACUGAGUACAUGGCUUUUCCCAAACCUUUCGAAAGUAAUUCCUCCAAUACAGCAGAUAAGCAAAGAAACUCUCCUAAAAGAGCAGAUGAAGGAGAACAAAGUAGAGGUCGUCGAUUAGAAGGCCAAAAUAAAGACCAGUGUAAACUGUCUCCCUUUAUGGAUCCUGGGCGUGCAGCCAUUGGAAAUUCCGCCAAGCCAUUGAGGCAGUACGAUGAGGAGUCUGUGGAGAGUUUGAGCAGUAUACCAGAUCCAGAAGAUCCCACAACUGUUACUAAAACCUUCAAAUCCAGAAAAGCAUCAGCCCAAGCGAGCCUGGCAUCCAAGGACAAAACGCCAAAGGCAAAGAGUAAGAAAAGGAAAAUUUUCCAUCAGAAAAGUAAAGGACUGAAGAACCAUGAUCUCCACGCCGCAAGUGUCUCCAGCACUGCUAAACCUAAGGAAAGCAGCAGUAAACAUGCCCAGACUGAGGAAACGACUGAAGCAAAUCCCAGUUGUGAUCACAUAGAACGACUGAGGAAGGACAAUAGAACAGCUGACGUUUCCUCAGAGGCCGGAAGUGACUUUUCUUUGUUUGAAGCAUUGCGGGAUACCAUUUACUCUGAAGUUGCUACGCUGAUUUCUCAAAAUGAAUGCCACCCACGUUUUCUUAUUGAACUCUUCCAUGAACUGCAGCUUCUAAAUACGGAUUAUCUGAGACAGAAAGCACUUUUCGCACUACAGGAUAUUGUGACCAGACGUGUCACUGAAGCUACAGACAAGAAACAUGACAGCACCAAGCCUGUGGAAUCUAUUGGGUGGAUGGCAUCCAACUCUGAGCUUACCCCCAGUGAAAGCUUGGCCACAACAGAUGAUGAAAUGUUUACAAAAAACUCAGACGGUCCAGUUUGCAAUGAAGGUGAACAGAAUGAUGGGGAUAAUGUUAGCAAUUUAUCAACCUCUUCCAAUUUCGAGCCCUUUGCUACAGAUGAUCUUGGUAACACGGUGAUUCACCUAGAUCAAGCAUUGGCAAGAAUGAGAGAAUAUGAGCGCAUGAAACUUGAGAGUGAAAAUAAUUUAGCAGAGGAUUCCUGCAAUAACCUCAACAAUGCUGCAACUAACCUGCAAGCUUCCAAUGAGGACAACGCUAACCACAGCCGAUUGUGCAAUGAAGACGGAUCUGAAGUUCCUUGCCCUCGCAUUGAUACGCAACAGCUUGACCGUCAGAUUAAGGCGAUUAUGAAAGAGGUCAUCCCAUUUCUGAAGGAACACAUGGAGGAAGUAUGCUCUUCUCAUCUCCUGACUUCUAUCAGGCGAAUGGUCUUGACGCUAACUCAGCAGAAUGAUGAGAGCAAAGAAUUUGUGAAAUUCUUUCACAAACAGCUAGGUAGCAUUUUACAGGAUUCUUUGGCAAAGUUUAGUAAUAAAAAGCUGAAGGACUGUGGAGAAGAUCUGCUUGUAGAAAUCUCAGAAGUGUUGUUCAAUGAGUUGGCCUUUUUCAGGCUGAUGCAAGACCUGGACAAUACUAACAGCUCAGUGCAGAGCAGAAGCCAAGAAAAGUCUGGUGCUGACGUGGUUUUUUUCCAUUCAUUAUCAAAAGAGGCAAAGAAAAUGUUUGUGGGUGAAGAAAGCACUGAAACAGGAGAGAUUGAUGAUGAAGACAAGGACAAAGAUGAAACCGAGACAUUGGCAACAGCACAAACUAAACACAUUGAUGUAUCUGAAGCUCACAGCGGAAGAUCUGACAUUUCAGAGGAUGAGGAUGGAAAUGAAAGCAUGCCUUUGUCCAUCAGUUUAUCCAAAGCAGAAACACAGCUGUUAACAAAUUAUGGCAGCGGUGAAGAUGAAAAUGAAGAGGAGAAUUAUGAGUUUGAGGCAGGACCUGUAGACGUACAGACCUCAUUAGAAGCCAACACUGAUAAUACAGAAGAACAUGAACAGAAGCCAGUUUUGAACAAUAGUCCAAAGGAAAUGGCAAAAUGUGAAAAUCCUGAGAUGCUGACCAGGCAGGAAAGAGAUGACCCGACAUUAGAGAAAGACCUGAAAACUUCACCAGCAAGCAUCUCCUCAGACAAUGUAUCUACUCCACUGCUAUUAAAUAAAGAGGGUGAUAUGUCUUCAUCAGUAGAUGCUGACACCAAGUCAUCUCUGGCAUCAGCAGAAAGCUCUGGACCAGGCAGUCCAGCUACAGAUUCCCCUGUGUUAGUUAAUGAAUAUCAGGAGACUGGUUCUGGAAAUUUGAGUCAGAAAUCUGAUGAAGAUGACUUUGUAAAAGUUGAGGAUUUACCUCUUAAACUAAUGUUACCAAAGACAGAACUAAUGGCUGAGAUGGAGAAGGAGGAGCAGAAAAACAAUUUAUGUAAUGAGAUUCUGAAUGGACAAGGAAAUGGUGCUGAGGAGUUGGCAGGAGAUGCAUUGUCCCUAAAAGAUCCUGAAAGUUUUGGAGCCCAUUCUUCCUGAAAUGCAUUGAUCGGCAAAAUUAUACCUACGUGAAGCAAAUGAAAAAUACGCACUAUUCCUUCCAAGAUGGCAACUUUAAUAAACAAAUACAUGUAUGAUCAUCUCUUUAGGACACAGCCUUUCAGUGGAGUUAAUGGAAAUACAAUUUUUCAGUUCUGGUUGUGUAAGGGACUCUACAAUAUCUAAGUCUGAGCACUGUUCUUUUUCCAUAUUCCCGUCUCUUUGUCUUUGUAUGGUUUUCUUUUUGUAAAUUCGGAAUUGUUAGAAUGAAGUUCUAAAUAAAGUUUUGGCUUAUC